AUGACUUUUGCACUGCACUAUGAACAAAUCAAUUCUAGCUUUCAAACGAGAAGAACUGAGAUGCUAGAUGUUAUGACAAAUGCAUUUCCGAGUUUAGCAGAUGUUCAUAGAAGAAAAUGGAGAGUUCUUCAAUUAAAAAAUGCAAUAUCAGAUAUUAAGGAAACAAUUGCAGCAUGUAACAUGCAAAUUGAUAAAGAAAGAGCUCUGUUGGAUGAAUAUCAUUCAGAAAAUACUCGACUUUCGGCCCAAGAAAUCAAACUCACCGAAGACGUAAAAUUAUUAGAAGGUGUUACAGGAAUGGAAGCAAUUUUACCUAGUGAUGGUGAUGCACAGCUUUUGACAGAAAUAAAAUCUAUCUCAGAUCAAUUUCGUGAUAAUUCAUCCGAUUUUUAUUUUGAAUUAGGUAGUAUCAAUCAAGAGCUUAAAUUUGAUGAAUCAAUACGAAAAGAAUCCAAAAUGAUGGUUUCGACAUUACAAGAUUUUAUCGAUGUAACAUUUGAUACUAGAGCCAAUGAUGCGAACUUAUCAAGAAAAAUUGAUGAUUUAUCAAUCCAUGCUGAAGAAUUAAAGCACAAAGUUGAAGAUGAACAUGCUCGUUUCAAUAGAAAAUUCAAAAAUGCAAAAAAAGCAGCUCAGGAUGAGUACGAUCAAAAGCAAGAUGUUUUGAUAGAAAAACUCGAUGGUCUUAAGAAAGAAUAUCAAGAAAUUAAAAAGAAUUCAAAAGAUAUCCAAACAGAUUUAAACAAACAGAUAUAUGUUUAUGAAGCACGCCAGAAAGCGUUAAGUAAAAGAUUCAAGAAUAAGAGCUCAUACAACGACGCCUUGAAAGAAAACUUAAGAAGGCGUGCAAUGACUCUAGAAUUCGACCUUGAUAGACUAGAAAAUAGACUUCGCAUGAUCAAGACUUAUCCUACUACUGCUGAUCAGAGUUUAAUUAAUUAUAGUUUAGUUAUAGGUGAUAAAUCAAUUUUGAUUAGAGAAGCUAUUGCUCAUAUGAGAGAAGAAAUAUCUCAACUAAAUAGUAUGGUCCGCAAUAGCAACUAG